AUGGAGCCGUUUUUUCUGUUCAUAGAGCUGGCCCUUGUUCUCUGCAUCCUCACCGCCCUGUACUACCGCCGCUUGAAAUCUAAGAAAACGAGCCCUUUGGAGCCGACCGAAUGGCCAUUAGUCGGGCAUCUCCCCGGCUUGGUCGCCAACAUCCACCACUUCCACGACUGGGCCACCGGCGUCCUCACCGGCGCGGGCUACAACUUCGAAGCACGCGGAGGCCGCACCGGCCUGGACUACUUCAUCACCUGCGAGCCCUCCAACGUGCGCCACAUCUUCACGUCCAACUUCGCCAACUACCCUAAAGGCGAAGAGUACGCCGUGAUCUUCGACGUCCUUGGCGGUGGCAUCUUCAACGCCGACGGGGAGUCGUGGCGGCGCCAGCGGGUGAUGGCCCAGAUGCUCAUGACUGGCCCUCGGUUCCGAGCCUUCACGGCGCGGUGCAGUCGCGACAAGGUGGAGAGGAGCCUCCUGCCUUUCCUCGCCCACCACGCCGCCGACGAGGGAAGCAGGCCGCCGUGCGACCUGCAGGACGUGUUCCUGAGGCUCACGUUCGACAUGACAUGCACUCUCGUCUUCGGCGUCGACCCUGGGUGCCUAGCGGUCGGCUUGCCCGUGGUCCCCUUCGCGCGAGCGAUGGACGACGCGCUGGAGACGCUUUUCCUCCGGCACAUCAUCCCCAUGGCGUGCUGGAAGCUGAUGAACGUGCUGGAGGUAGGGCAGGAGAAGAAGAUGGCCGAGGCUCGGAGGACGAUCGACAGCUUCGUCGCCGCCACCGUCGCAAAACGCAGGGCCGACAAGCUCAGAGAAGGCGAUGGCGUCAGCAACUCGUUUGACUUGCUGUCAUCCUACAUCUGCCACGAGGACUCGAGUGACGCAAACGACGACGUGUUCUUACGUGACACGACGGUGAACCUCCUGCUCGCCGGCCGCGACACCACGGGCGCGGCGCUGUCGUGGUUCUUCUACCUCAUCUCCAAGAACCCUCGCGUCGAGCAGAAACUACUGGACGAGCUCGCGCCCAUCGCUUCACACCGGAAAGGUGCUGAUGAUGCUGCAGACGCGGCCAGUGGCAUGGUGACCUUCGACGCGAAUGAGCUCGGCGGCCUGGUUUACCUGCACGCCGCGCUGAGCGAGUGCUUGAGGCUGUACCCGUCCGUGCCGUUCGAGCACAAGGUCACGGCGGCCGCCGACGUUCUGCCGAGCGGGAAGGAGUUGAAGGCAGGAGACAAGGUAUUGGUGUUCAACUACUCCAUGGGCAGGAUGAAGGGCGUGUGGGGCAAGGACUGCAUGGAGUUCCGCCCGGAGAGAUGGCUCAACGAGGAAGGGACCAAGCUUCGGUAUGAGCCGUCCUACAAGUUCAUCUCCUUCAACGCCGGGCCACGGACGUGCCUCGGCAAGGAGAUGGCGUUCGUGCAGAUGAAGACCGUGGCGGCGGCCGUGCUGUGGAACUUCGCCGUCGAGGUGGUGCCGGGCCACGUCGUGGAGCCGAAGCUGUCCAUCAUACUUCACAUGAAGAAUGGGCUUGCCGUCAAGGUUAGGAGAAGGGAAGGGGACGACGCCGUCGUCGUGUGUCACGGCUUGCAUCUGAGUUCUGACUGA